CCACAACUCUACUGUUUGCAGGUCCCCGGACUUUAUGAUGACACUCUUCAGCACGCACAGGGGACCUGCAGGCUUCUGUGAAGAGUAUCCGGAAUUACAGACCUUGGGUUACAAAAUUAUGAAAGAGAGAUGCAGUCGUCAAGAUCUGACCAAUUAAGUGUGAACUGGUAUUUCCCUAACAUUACGAGGGCAGAUGCUGAAACUCUGCUUAAGAAAGGCUCCCCGGAGGACGGCUUUUUCCUGGUGCGGGACAGCACCUCGGCACACGGAGACUUUGGCCUCUCAGUGUACGUGGGCGGUGACGUCAUUCAUUAUCAAAUACGCCACCAUGGCAGCGACGCCUUCUACUCGCUUGACAAGGGUACGGUCAUACACGGGCUGGACGAGCUGGUGAACCACUACCGGACUGCAAACGAUGGCCUGGCGGUGCCUCUGGCCGGCCAUCUGCUGGGCAGACCGCCGCCGCCCAGUUGUCUGCUGCGUGGCGCCUCGUCCAACCUGCUGCACAGAGCCACCGAGGAGGGUAGCCUGAAGGUGGUCUCUGAGCUGCUGAAGGCCGGCUACCAGGGCACCCAGUUUAAGGACGCCCAGGGCCAGACGGCGCUGCACCUGGCCGCCCGGCUGAGGCGGGAGGAGAUUCUGCCGCUGCUGCUCGAGUACCACUGCUCGCCAGAUGUGCGCGACUCGCACGGACUGCUGCCGCUGCACUACGCGGCGCGGGAGAAUUACGCGCAGGGCGUGCGUCAGCUGGUGGAGGCGGGCUCGUCUCUGCAGGCGCGCUCCUCCGAGCUGAACUGGGUACCGCUGCACGAGGCUGCCAACAGCGGCGCCAUCGACGCCCUGAAGACACUGCUGGCGCUGGACGCUCCGUGCCGGCCGCGCGACUGCUCCAACCGGACACCCGAGGACUUGGCGCGCGCCGCCGGCCACACCGACUGUGUGGAGGUGCUCGUUCGCUACAAGCCGCCGAUGCCGCGUCGGAUGCGCUCAGAGUGGCUGCACGGAGCCAUGUCCCGCAGCGAGGCCGAGCAGAAGCUCCGCGCUGGUGGCUUCAACACUGGCGACUACCUGCUAAGGACCAGUACGCGCAAAAACUCGACCGUGCUCAGUAUGGUAUCAGACGAUAAGGUGUUCCAUUUCGAGAUCCGGGAGUGCCGCUUAGAGGGAGAGCUGCGUUUCGUCUUCAUCGACGACGGCCCGUACCUGGACUCGUUGGAGCACCUGGUCGAGCACUACAGUACGGUGGCGGACGGUCUGCAGUGUCGUCUGCUGCACCCGCUGCCGCCGAGCGCCGAGGACGCCCACCGCGCUAUCACCGACAACCGGAGGGAGGUGCUGGGCCCUCCGCCGCUGCCGCUGCCCCGCCUGCUACUCUCGCCGGGAACCAUAGCCGCUGAUGACCUCGAGUUUGGCGCCUCUAUCGGCAACGGAGAGUUCGGCAAGGUGUACCAGGGCCGCUGGAGGGACCCGCGCGGCAGGCAGGUGGAUGUGGCCAUCAAGACAUCCCAUGGGAUGGACCGUACCGAACUGCUGAGGGAGGCGUCCUGUCUGAAGGACCUCCGUCAUCGGUGUAUCGUCCGAUUCCUGGGCAUGCUAGAGCAUGAGCCGCUGAUGCUGGUCCAGGAGCUGGUGGCUCUGGGCUCUCUGCUGGACUACCUCAAGCAGCAGCCGCACGACGUCUCGAUGGACGACGACUUCAAGCUGUGGGCCGGCCAGGUGGCAGAAGGAAUGGAGUAUCUGGAGAAGCAGAGGAUGGUGCACCGGGACCUGGCGGCGCGCAACAUUCUGGUGGCGUCUCACUCGCAGGUGAAGAUCAGUGACUUCGGCUUCAGUCGGCCCCUGGGCGACCGCGACUACUACGUGGCCUCCGAGGGCGGCAGGUGGCCCGUCAAAUGGUACGCGCCCGAGGCGAUGAACUUUGGUCGCUUUACGGCCGCCAGCGACGUCUGGAGUUUCGGAGUGCUGCUCUGGGAGAUGUUCUCCUACGGAGAACAGCCGUACGGAGACAUGCCAGGAGUGGAUGCCUUUGUGAACGUGGUUGAGAAGGGCCACCGACUGCAGAAGCCCGAGUACUGCCCGGGCGGCAUAUACGAGGUAAUGCUGAAGUGCUGGGCGUACGAACCUCACGAGCGGCCCAGCUUCAGCAUCCUGCACCAGUUCUUCAGCGCCGAUAACGAGUACCGAAACCUCUCCGAGCUGGGCGUACCGCAGUGUGUCUCGCUGACGGCCGAAGCCAACCAGCUGCCCUCCCACCGCGACACGGUGGUGAACGGACUCCCCGUCGACGUGGCCGUGGCUGCCGAGACGGUGGCGGCGGCCGCAGCCGAGGAGCUGCUGGCCGUCACCCCGCCGGUGUCGCCGGCCCCCUCCCCGCCGCCGCUGCCGGUCACCGCUCCGCCCUCGGCCGCCGCGGCUCCAGCGCCGGUCACAGAGAGAUGUGUGACCCCACCGAGACCCAGCGCGCUGCCUCAGACCGCGGCAAGUGCUGCCGCCGCGCCGUGGGAAGUCGCCGCUGCGCCUAACACUUCGUCGUCGAUUACCUCACCGAAACCUUCCAUCCCGCCCCAUCUGCCGCGUAAACCACUGAUGUCAGUGUUUCUGCCAAAGACCUCAACUUCUCCGGAUCCCCAGACCCCCGCGACGAAACCUAACCCCAUCACCCCGUCGUCAGUGUUGGUCGACGUAACGCCAAACCCCUCUGAAUCGUCGCCUCCGGAGAGCCGACCAUUGACGGUCCCGCCGUUUGAAUCACCGGCUACUGAGCCAACAGACGUGUACGAUGUUCUCUCGGCGGCGAGCUCGGCGCCUCCUAAGGCUCGUGGCGAGCGUCCGCCGGUGCCUCCGAAGCCAGCGAUGAUGGUACGUCGCCGGCCGACGCUGCACGAUGACCUGCUGUACGACUCCCCGCGCUCGCACAACCUACAGAGGCUGCGCUCGGACUCUGCGCCGCCGGCGGUCCUGGCCGCCGCCCUGUCCGCUGUCUCCGUCCCAACUCCGGAGGAACCCGGGCCGCUGGGCUCCAUGGAGAACAUCACCACCCCUAGUCGCCCGGAGGAGUCGGCCCCGCCGCCAUCGGAGAGAGAGCAGGAGAGCGCUCCUCCGCCGCUCUCCCCGUACUCUCUGCUCGGUAGCUGCGGCGGCUCGGAUACGUACGAUGUGCCGACGAGCCCCAUGCUGAGUCCAGCGAUCAGCGUUCUGUCUCAGGAGGAGAGCGAGUUGUACGACGUACCGACCAGCCCGCGACGGUCGGCCGCCGCUGACAGUCGCUCCUGAGAGCACAGGCGGACUGUGGAGACAAACCGCGGCUUCCAGAGAUCAGGGUGGGCUUUCAAAGACGGCUGAGGUUUUUAGACGAUCUGUAGACCCUACAGACGCUUUAUGUGUUUUCAGACACGUAGCGGCGCAGUUUUCCAGAGACUGAACAGUACAUCAAAUCAUGACUUCAGGGCACAUCCUUGGCACUGAGCGUCAAAUUAUGACCUGUUGUAUUACACUGGUGUCUCCGGAUUUUUGCACUUGCUCAUCGUUUCUGCGGAGCCGGCAGGACAUAGUGACAGGCUCGCAGAGACGGCGCAAUGACCAAGCGUGCGCCUGUAUGGCGAAACCAUGAUGCCGUCAUCCUUGCCCUCAACCUGCUUCGGCUACUGGACUUCGCUGAGGCAGAAGUGUGUGGUCGGACUGGUAUUAUAUACUCAGCACAGUUACCUGGAUGACGAGCGCAGCCGCGUCAGGAGACGCAACAUAAGAGACGGUGCUCUCUUCUAUGUAUUCGCGUGCUUCCUGCAAUCAUGUAUGUUUGAUUCUGCAUCGCUUGAUUGAAUGUUUUAUCGUGAGUCUCGCAGUGAGUGCCAUUUUGUACGGGAUACGCUUGCGGCUUACGAAGAAGUAUUUUACAUAUUGUUAUACAACACUGUAUGCAUGUUCACCACUAGGGUGGAUGCGAUUUGAUUUUAAGCGAUGUCGAGACAAAUGCUUUUCAGAAUUGUAUACGCUAUAUAUUUUUGCAGGACGCAGAGUAGACUUGCUAAAUGACCACAUUUCUAUUUUUAUGUAGCCCUAGGUCAACUGCAUGCGAGGGCAUUGUGAUAUUCCGCCAAACCAUUUAGUGUGUAAAUACGCUCGGCUGGUCAGCUCUCUACUGAAUGUGACACCACUCAGGACUGUGAGGAACAGACACAGGUGCACUGUGCACCUGUCCUAGAAAUUUCGGAUAGCCUCAUCGAGCGCGAUGGAUAGAGAUUAGUGCUGACGAGGCGUCGCGCUAACGGGGCUUGUUACGGUUGAAAUCGUCGGUUUCCAAAGGCUUGGCGCAUAGAUUGUCUAUUGCACGACGCGUUGCGCUACCGCCGUCCGUAUUCCAUAUUCGAGAGGCGUGUACCACUUCUAUGAUGGCGCCGUGCGUUAGUUACAAAAUACAGGCUUUCAUUGGAUGUGA